GAACUGAACGCACAAGCAAUGCAUCGAAGACGCCACCUAAGGCGACUGCAGCACCACGGGGCCUGGACCAGUGCUGGUAUGUGGCUAUCUUCUGCGCCAUGACCACAUUCCUCACUUCCGCCACCAUCAGAUCAUCAGGUUUCCUUUACAUCGGCAUAAUGAGGGAGUUCCAUGCAGACCGCGGUCAAGCAGCCUGGCCAAUCUGCCUCAUGGGAGCCAUGUCCAAUAUGGCUGGCCUCGUCGCCGGUCCUUUGAGCCAGAAGUACACGCCGCCACCCGUCAUGUUCGCCGGAAGCAUAAUAAUGUCAGCCGGGAUCAUCGCUUCGAGCUUUGCACCGACCAUAACAUGGAUUUCUGUUACUCAAGGGAUAGUGUUUGGUUUAGGAUCAGGCCUGGUGUUCAUGACGCUCCCCAUAUUCAUCAACCAGUACUUCGACAAGUACAGGGGCUUCGCACUUGGCAUCACGUACACGGGGUCCACGAGCUCGGCGUUCGUCUUUCCGCAGUUGCUGCUCUACCUCGAGAAGACGUACAACUUUCGCAGCAGCAUCAUGAUCUUCGGCGCCAUCAUAGGUCACGUCAUCGCCAUUAGCCUCAUCCUGAAAGAGCCACCAUGGAUUCGCCGCAAGCGAGCCGAAGACAGACUGGCUUCGAAGCAAGCCAAGCAGAUCUUCACCAUUCAGAAAGAUGGCAUCAAGGAGCGAUCGAAUACCAUUCCCAAAGACGCUCCUCCUGGUGAAACAAGGGAACGUAACGCAAAAGAUAAACCAAAGAAGCCGGUGAAUCCUUGGAGCCUCCGUCAUGGGCUUACUGUGCUCGAGAGUCCCAUGUUUUAUGUGGUGAUGCUGACAUAUAUUGUGUUUGGUUACAACUUUGACGUCUUCAUAUCCACCAUUGUCGACUUUGCUAUCGACAAAGGCAUGGAUUUGGAAGCGGCCGUGGGUCUUAUACCGCUCUUCUCCAUGACCGAUACAUUCGGACGCUUGUGUAUCCCGUUGCUAGCUGAUAGAGGGUAUGUGACGCGCAGUAGCCUAGCCAUGCUCACCUACCUGUGGAUGUCUAUUGUACUGCAAGUCUUUCCCCUUGUCCGCGGCUACUACCAGCUGUUGGCUGCCUGUCUGUGCCUCGCGAUGGCCAUUGGCUGCGGCGUCACUAUGUAUCCGACUCUCAUGGCCGACUACAUGGGCAUCCAGAGGCUCCCUAUCAGCUACGGCAUCGUCGGUACGGUCGCUGGCCCAUUGUUUAUACUCAAGCCAUUUUUUAUUGGCUACUUCCGGGACCACGUCGGUUCCUACGACAACAUGUACCGGUUCCUCUCGGGCGGUGUCUUUGCGGUUGGCCUGGUUUGGCUAGCCGUGCGCCUGAGCGAGGGCCGCAAGCGCAAGGCAUGGCAGCCACCUGCAGUGGGGGCCACUGACGCCAUCGUCGUCGCUGGCCAUGCCAUCUACUGCAACCCCGGUUUCGCGGCCAUGGAGUCUGGCGGCAAGGAGGAUGACCACACUGGGCCGAACGCGAAGAAAUGUGAUCCUGAAUGCACAACAGCCUCAACAUGAGGCUCCGCAGACGAAUUAUUUUGUUCAACACGAUAUGUGCAAGUCCACUCGAAAGAUUGCUCCCGCUACGGAAAAAUACAGCGGGCGCCAAGACCGGAGUGCCCAAGAUCGUGGCUUGCAACACGGUUGUCGGGCUGCUUUUAACCCGCUUUGCCUACUUUGAAACUAGGGUGACACGAGGAGCGCGACAUGAAUGCGUUACCGAAUGCGCGCGUGGUUUCGCGACUUCACAUGAUGGGGUAAGACAUGUUCGCCGCGCAGCGGACGACAAAACGUCUCUGCACCCUUUCGGUACCGCGGGAAAUGACAAAAAUGUACCAAAUUUCUGAGAUAUUUCAGAAAUCCCCGAAACAUCUCAGAAAUUUGUUUGAAUAUCUCUGAAAUUUGUUAGAAUAGUAUAUGUUAGAGUGCUCAGAAACUCUCAGAUAUUCUCAUUUGGAGAUAGUAAAGUACAUAACUGGGCUAGUUAGUACAUUGUAAAACGGGUAAAAAACCAGCGGUAACACACGAGAGACCAGAUCAAAAGACGACGGGACUAGCUGGACGGGACUCGCGACGGACGACUUCUUCAUCUGGUCUCCCGUGUGCUUCCGCUGGUUUCUUAGCCGUUUUACAAUGUACCAAUUAGCCCAGUUCACCACCCUGCAACUCCAGCUGGUCUCGUCAUCUGCCCCAUCUAGUCUCUCCUGUGUUUCCGUUGGUGUUUUUUAUCCUUUUUUGUUAUUUUGAAUGAUUUCAAAUAUAUAUUUGAUAUGGCGCAAGCAGCAAUGUUUCCCACGGAGGCUUUGAUGAAGACCAUAAUGAACAGAAAAAAAAACACCUAUUCUGGAGCCCCGAGUCAAUGAAUGCGCUAAACAGCUCCAUUGCCAUAUGCCCGUUCACAUGACCUACACUCGCAAUCAUAUAACUGAAUAAAUGUUUACACGAGCAGUGAUCUUGAGUUCCGCUUUUUUCUUCCUGACGCCUUAAUUUCUCUGCGGUAAAAAGGGGCUGAGAAAGUCACCCAGCGUGUUCCCGAAGUCAAUGCACAGUGUGCCAUCAAUCCAUCUGCGUGGUGCCGAAAAGCAGCAUGAACUUUAUAUUGAACCCAAACACUUUGCUUGCUUGUUUGCUAGCUUGCUUGCUUGCCUCAGAGAGUGGCUCAUACCCACUGUGGCGGAUUGGUGAAGAGUCGGGUCAUUUAAGAAAAAAGAUUACACGAGCCUAAAAAGAAGCACUAUUGAGAAAUUUUGAAUCACACUUUGGUCUUGUGUUACUGUUGGCACUCUACGCGCUUCAUCUUCUUCUCUGUACUCAAACUACGCCAUAGGUGUUUGUUUUAUCACACCAGUAUCUGUAUGCUAGAUACCAAAGUUUAUUUUUUUCUAAAACUCCUGUACUCGUGAUAACAUUUCUGUUCCGAAUUUGUUUAAAUAAAUCGGUCGU